UUAUAUUAGUGCAGAACACUGUACCUUUAAUUUAAAUGCCCUUGGAGUCUGCUGGGGAAGAGAAAUAAUACUGACAGUCAGUAUGACAUGCAGAUGAGUGCCGUCGAUCUUAGAAUCACCGCACACUUCACUCAUUUGGGCAGUCACGGGGCCAAAACCAGAGUGUGGAGCCACAGUGUGGCGGUGGAGGCAGCAGCAAUGGGAGGCCAUACAGCACCCUAUGACAAAAAUGGAAACCACCAGCAGUGUGAGGAGACCUGAAAGUGGCACAUGGCAGAGUGUGGCGAUGGAGACAGCAGCAAUGGGAGGCCGUACAGGGACCCAUGACACACUCUGGACCUGGCAGCAGCAUGAGGAGGCGGUACAGGGGCCCAUUACAGAUUACGGGCCUGGCAGCAGCAUGAGGAGUAGGUAUGGGGGCCCAUGGCAGAUUACGGGCCUGGCAGCAGCAAUGGGAGGCCGUACAGGGACCCAUGACACACUCUGGACCUGGCAGCAGCAUGAGGAGGCGGUACAGGGGCCCAUGACAGAUUACGGGCCUGGCAGCAGCAUGAGGAGUCGGUACGGGGGCCCAUGACACACUCUGGACCUGGCAGCAGCAUGAGGAGGCGGUACAGGGGCGCAU